AUGACCCGAGCAGCGUCCACACAGGCGCGAGGUAAGGCGGCCCUCUUGCAGAAGAACCCGGACGAUGUCGUUAUUACGUUUGCGAAGAGGACGGCGAUGGGGAGGGCGAAGAAGGGACAGUUGAAGGAUACGCCUGUCGAUGAGCUCUUGCAUGCUUUGUUCAAGGCUACGUUGGAGAAAACUAGACUCGAUCCAUCCAAAGUAGAUGAUAUCUGCGUCGGUACAUGUCAUCCGCCUUCCCCACUCUACGUCUCCAGAGCAGCCGCCUUGGCCGCGGGCUUCCCCGACAAGGUCCCCAUCUCCACGAUCAACAGGCUCUGCUCAUCUGGUCUUAUGGCUAUCAGGAGCAUAGCUCAUGAUAUUCAGUCUGGCGAAAUCGAGUUGGGGCUUGCAGUCGGGGUGGAGAGCAUGUCGUUGAAUCCUCGCCCUACACCUGUGGUUACUGAAGCGGUAUCUGCGAACGCGCAGGCUCAUGACUGCAUCCAGCCCAUGGGAUGGACAUCCGAGAUGGUGGCCCAGACAUACAAAGUCUCCCGUAAGAAACAGGACGAGUAUGCACUCAUCUCUCAUACCCGUGCUUCCGAGGCCUCCUCCAAAGGCAUAUUCGCCGAAGAAAUCCUCCCCAUCGCACUCCGCGGCUCGACCAUCUCCAUCGACGACACCAUCCGGCCCUCCGUCUCCUCCGACUCCCUCGCCUCCCUCAAACCGGUCUUCCCAGACUGGGGCGACGCGUCCACCACCGCCGGCAACGCGAGCGGGGUCGGCGACGGUGCCGCAUUAUGCAUUCUGACGACGAGGGAGAGGGCAGAGAAGGAAGGGAUGGAGGUGUUGGGGAAGUGGGUGGGCAGUGUGGUCGUUGGUGUCGAGCCGAGAUAUAUGGGGAUUUCGCCGGUCGCUGCUAUUCCGAAGGUUUUGGGACAGUAUGGGCUGGGGAAGGAGGAUGUGGAUGUUUAUGAGAUCAAUGAGGCGUUCGCUUCUCAAUUCGCGUACUGUGUGGAGGAGCUUGGUAUCUCCAUGGACAAAAUCAAUCCGAACGGAAGCUCCAUCGCGCUUACCCAUCCUCUCGGCAUGACCGGCGUUCGUCAAGUAGUUACUGGUCUGGCCGAGCUUCGUCGCCGCAACCAGCAGAUUCUUUGCACUAGCAUGUGUAUCGGGAGUGGAAUGGGAGGUGCAGGACUGUUCGUUAACGAGGCAUCGUCGCUGAAGGCAGCUCUUUGA